ACCUGGACCUUGAUUACUCCUAUAUGGUUAGUAGGAUUUCUGUUGCGUCAUCCUCCUGCUCCUAAACUUGAUUGGAUUCAGGGAUGGCUUCUCAGGUUCGCCAGAACUUCCAUGCUGAUUGUGAGGCUGCUCUGAACCACCUAGUUAACCUGGAGCUACAUGCAAGCUAUGUCUACUUGUCCAUGUCCUACCAUUUUGACCGUGAUGAUGUAGCCUUAUCCCAUGUGGCCAAAUUUCUGAAGGAGCAGUCACACGAAGAGAGGGAGCAUGCUGAGAAGUUCCUGAGAUACCAGAACAAGCGAGGGGGGCGUGUUGUGCUUCAGGACAUCCGGAAACCAGAGAAGGAUGAGUGGGGCAACACUCUGGAUGCCCUGCAGAGCGCCUUAGAGCUGGAGAAGAAGGUCAACCAGGCCCUGCUGGAUCUUCACAAGCUGGCCAUGGAGAAGGGAGACCCUCAUCUGUGUGACUUUCUGGAGUCAGAGUACCUGGAAGAGCAAGUGAAGGCCAUUAAACAGCUGGGAGACCACCUCACCAACCUGAGGCGCCUGGGCCUGCCUGAGAGUGGCAUGGGAGAGUAUCUCUUUGACAAGCUCACCUUGAGGGAAAGCAGCUGAACCAACCCUCCCCAGCACCUUGUCUUGUGUACUGAGGAAAACAAUAAACAAAAUGUUGGUGUUCAAAAUA